AUGGAGUUUGAAGAAGAAGGACUGCAGCCAGUGAGCCCUCUCGGUCAGUACUUCGCUAACCGUGUGUUAUCGGUAUCAAAUCUCGGUGUUUUGGAAAUUGAGGUUCCAAUCCAUGAGCUUCCAGUUAUGUCGUUGAUUACAAAUGUGUUCCUCCCCAUCAGCCCUCGCUUCUCCUCUAUGAUGGUUGAGACACGGGGAAAGAAGCAAUGGAAAAGGGUUGAAGUGGAGCUUGAAGACCAUGUUUACAUCCCGAUUUUCCCUUCCGGCUUAUCGCUGGCAUCAUACGAUCGGUAUCUUGAUGACUAUUUAUCAAAGCUAGCAGUUGAAAGACUUCCAGAACACAGGCCUCUGUGGGAGAUUCACAUCAUCAAGUACCCAACUACCAGUGCAGCCGGUACUAUAAUAUUCAAGCUUCACCAAGCCCUUGGUGAUGGCUUCUCUCUCAUGGGUGCUCUUCUUUCCUGUCUACAAAGAGCUGAGAAUCCUUCCCUUCCUCUAACCUUCCCGUCAAGAAAGAGGUCAUCGCAACCGAGGAAUAAGAAUGGAAACUUUGUCACUAAAGUUUUCUCGUCCGUCUACAACACCAUAUCGGAUAUUUUAAACAGCAACAUGGAGGAAGAUGAUCAAACACCAAUCAGAUCGGGGAAUGAUGGAAUUGAGUUCAAGCCAAUUGCAGUAUCGACUAUGACGAUUUCUCUUGAUCGACUCAAACUAAUCAAGAGCAGGCUCGGAGUGACGAUAAAUGAUGUUCUUACCGCGAUGAUCUUCCUGGGGACUCGACUAUACAUGCAAGAGAUUAACAAAAGUUCCAGUGAAGCAAGGGGGACAGCAGUUGUUUUGCUCAACACAAGGAUGCUGGGGAAUUUUACCUCAGUUGAGGAGAUGAACAAACCUAACAGCAAGUUACCAUGGGGGAAUCAUAUCUCACUCUUGCAUGUACCAAUACCCAAGUUAUUAACGAACAGUGAAGAACAAUUUCCAGAUAAUGCGCUUGACUUUGUCUGGAAGGCACAUAAAAUUAUAAGGAGCAAAAGACAUUCUUGGGGUAUUUAUCUCACAGCUGGAUUCUUGGAGAUUCUCAACAAAUUUGGAGGCCAUGAGGCGGCAGCAAAAUACAUCCGUAAAUCAUUGAAGAAUUCGAGCAUGAUAAUUUCAAAUAUGAUUGGACCUGUGGAACAAAUGUCUUUGGCAAAUCAUCCGAUUAAAGGCUUAUAUUUUUUGGUGUUUGGUUCACCUGAGGGCCUUGAUGUAACAAUAGUAAGUUACAUGGGAAAGGUGAGGAUUGCCUUCAAGAUGGAAAAGGGUCUUAUUGAUCCACCAAAGUUCAAGUCAUGCAUGGAAAAGUCCUUUGAAAUGAUACUCAAAGCCUCGGAGAACAAUGCCGUGCAGAACAAAUAA